AUGGGCAGCACAGAAGCCUCACACACGAUCACCGUGACCCUUGGUCAGGUGGCCAAGAUGAUUGACCACUCACUCCUCCACCCGACCAUGACCGAUACCGACAUCCUGGAGGGUCUUCGCAUUGCCAAAAAGUACAAUGUCGCCACGGCAUGCGUAAAGCCUUACCUUAUCCCCCUCGCCAAAAGCGAACUUGAAGGCAGUGACGUGCUGGUCUGCCCGGUCAUCGGCUUCCCUCACGGCAACAGCACCACCGAAGUCAAGAUCUUUGAAGCCGAAGGCGCCGCUCACGAUGGCGGAAAGGAAAUCGACAUGGUUGUCAACAUCGGAAAGGUUCUCGGUGGCGAUUGGGACUAUGUCGCCGAGGAAAUUCGCCAGAUCAAUGAAGCUGUCGUCGAGCACGGUGCCAUUCUCAAAGUCAUUUUCGAAAAUGACUAUCUUCAGGAGAAGCACAUCAUCCGGCUGUGUGAGAUUUGCUCGGACAUUGGUGUUGGCUUCGUCAAGACAUCAACGGGAUACGGCUUUGUGAAGCAGCCCAAUGGGCUGUACACAUAUGCUGGGGCAACAGUGCCGCAUCUCAAGCUCAUGAGGCAGCAUUCGAAGUCGGAGGUACAAGUCAAGGCAGCGGGAGGUGUGCGAACGUUGGAUGACCUGCUCCAUGUCAUGUCUUUGGGUGUCACGCGAAUUGGGGCUACUGCCACGAUUGCGAUCAUGGAAGCUGCUGUUGCUAGAGGUAUCACGGACAAGCCGAAAACUGUGGAGUUCAAGCCCAUCAGCCACGCAGCGUCUGGAGGUUAUUAG